AUGCGCUCUGUAUAUCUCUGGAGCGCCCUGUGCGCGGCGGUCGCCGUCAGCGCCGCUGAGAAGCGUGAGUACACCACCGAAUGGACUGUUGUUACCGUGACGACUACUAUCACGGCACCCCUGCCCCCUUCGACUCCCACCAAUCCGCCAGUACCAGGACUCCAGGAUCCGGACACUUCUUCUUCUUCUUCUUCAAGUACGCAUGCUGAGACUCAGGAACCCCCCACAGCGGCACCUGCCCCCGUGGUGACGACUAUCGUGGACCCCCCGCAACCGGCCCCAACGGACAACCAGCCUGCGCCGCCUCCCCCGACCGACAACCCGCAACCCCCCGCCGACGGCCAGGCCACCACUUGGACUUCUUCCUGGUCUAGCGAGUGGACUAUCACCGGCGAUGCCCCCCAGCCCACGACCAUGUCGACCACGACCUCCGCCGAUGAGGCCAAGCCGACCAAUGACUACAUGCAGCACGUGCUGUACAGCCACAACGUCCACCGGAGCAACCACUCGUCCAACUCCCUGGAGUGGGACUCCAAGUUGGAAUCUAGCGCAGAAGUCCUCGCGAAGCGUUGCGUGUAUAAGCACGACCCCGAUAUCAACGGCGGCGGAUAUGGUCAGAACAUUGGUUACGGAGUCAAGUCGGAUAAGGUCGCCGUCAUGAUCUCGAACCUGAUGUACAACAACGAGAUGGGUUUCUUCGAGAGUCUGUACGGCCAGGACAACCCAGACCAGUCCAACUUCCACGCCUGGGGCCAUUUCACCCAGAUUGUGUGGAAGGGCACGACUCAUGUGGGUUGCUCCACGGUCGUGUGCCCGUCCCUUGGCAACGUUGAUGGCUCGGACAUGCCCUUCACGGUCUGCAAUUACGGCCCUGCCGGAAACUUCGAUGGUGAAUACGCCGCCAACGUCCUUCGUCCCCAGGGACACAAGAUGUAUUCCGCCUAA